AUGGAUCCUCCAAGUGAAGAAACUUUUUUUGUGAGUCCUAAUGUCGAGCCCGAAUUAUCUUCUAUUGACCCCUCUACCAAAUCUAAUGCUCCCCCUCGUAGACCACCCUUGGCCAAAACUAGCAGUAGUGGGAGAACAACAUCAAAGGCUUGGGAUCAUUUUGAAAAGAUUAAGGGUAUUGAUGGAAAAGAUAGGGCUAUGUGCAAGGACACUCAUGGGCAACAAACAUUGGGAUUUCAACCUAGAGAAGUUGGUGGUGAUGGUGAGGGUGUUGUUGAUGUUGUGGUUACGCCAUUUUCCAUAGAAGUUGCUAGGAGGCAUCUUGCCGAGAUGAUAGUAAUUGAUGAAUUGCCCUUUAGAUUUGUAGAUGGGGUUGGUUUUAAGAGGUUUUGUAAUGUCGUGCAACCCAAGUUCAAGAUCCCAUCUCGAUAUAUUGUUGCUAGGGACAUUGUAGACAUAUGCACUAAUGAAAGAGAGAUGUUGAAGAAAAUUUUACAAAAGAGAAUCAUAAAUUUUUGUCAAGUUAAAGACCACAAAGGAGAAACACUUGUUAAAAAAAUUAAGGCACUCUUAAAAGAGUGGGACAUUGAUGGCCUUUUCACCUUAACUGUUGAUAAUGCGAGUUCCAAUAAUCUAACCAUUAGAUUCUUGAAACGAACCACAAAAUUGUGGAAGGGAACUAUCUUGAGCCAUGAAUUUUUACAUAUGCGUUGUUGUGCGCAUAUUCUAAAUCUCGUUGUUAGUGAUGGAUUGAAGGAUCUUGAGUCUUGUAUAGCGAAUGUGAGGCAUGCAGUGAGGUAUGUGAGGUCUUCUCCAAACCGCUUUGACUCUUUUAAGAAGUAUGUGGAAAGUUUGAAAAUUGAGAGUAAGAGUCUCUUGUGCCUAGAUGUGCCAACACAGUGGAAUUCUACAUAUCUUAUGUUGGAGGCGGCAGAAAAAUUUGAAAGUGCUUUUCAAAGAAUGGGUGAGGAGGACUACAAUUAUAAACACUACUUUUUGGAUAAUGAAGGGGGUGAGAGGAGAGAGAUGCCUACCCCCGAGGAUUGA